GGAAAUAAUACGUGGCUCGGCCCACAUUUCCCAAUUGUUUACGAAGAACAGUCAAACCGGACCUGUUUAAUGAAAUGGAGGAAUAAGAGAAUAUUCCCCGAAGAUGCUCCUCCCCCUCCUAUAAAAGGAGGGGUGCCCCCAAUGUGAAGAGGAGGCCAAAUUCACUCUCUUCCCUGCCCAUUAUGCUUUCUCUCUCUAGAGUUUUAUAUAUUUUCUUCUUAAAGAGCUUGUAGCUCCACCAUUAAUGGCUUCCGAGCCCGAUUCUUGUACCGUGUACACACCCCCGAUAUCAAUAAAAAUCCCCCGUUGGCAAGGUACCGCCAAAAAAGGCCCGUGGUUUUCUCCCGAUUUGGGUUUCCACGUAAAAAUCCCCGUGUUUAUAGUUUGGUGUAUUUUUUAGACUAGUUUAUCGUUUUAGCCUGGCUAAAACGAUAUACCGGUCGAUAAUUUACACCAUCAUUUUGGCGCCACCCCGUGGGACCUGAUCAAAAAGCUAUGUUUUGCUCUUCCUAUUCUUGCCGAUAUAGAGAAGAUGGUGGUGUGGUAAUUGAUUUCCCCCACACUACAAUGAAAAUGGCAGAGCACAAUAGACCAUUUUCAAAAGCAAAAGUGAGGCACAUUAAAAGCAGAAUCUCCUCGAGCAGCUGGGCUACCGCGGCGGCAACAUUUUGCGCAGGUUUCGGUCUCGGUACAUCAGAGAUUCAUUCUGGACGGACAAGGACAUUGUGCAGAAUCUUCAAGGAGCAAAAGACGGGAGGCCACAUAUUAUGCCUCAAAGCAGAGGAUCUUCUCUCCGUUCCCACCGAGCCAAUUUUUUUUUCCCAGAAGAAGACAGCGACCAACCCUCCUCCUUUGCCGGUAACGGCAUGGAGGAGACCAUCUGCACCGGCACCGCCAUGGUUCACCACCGACGACUUAUGCUGCUGCCACAGGAAUCCGUCACCACCGCCGCCAAUGGGCCUGUCAUCAGCGCCGCAAUCACGGCCCACACAUUUACUGCCGCCGCUGCCCCUGUUAAACGGGGGAUGAUGCAGCUUGUUGCCAAUUGAUUCUCUCCCACGCGCAUGAGUUCGUGGUUUUCACUAUGAACCGCCAUCACUUUUCUAUACCUCGUCCCAAAUCGAGGCAUUACUCUACCGUCAGGUGUGGAGCAGCGGGAGGAUGCCGUUCUACCAUCGAACACUAACCCCAUCGCUACAUAUGCAAAAAGGAUAGUAUGGAAGAAGGAAGAAAAUCGUGAGAAAUCACCACAGAUAUAAAGAAAUCGCAGCAACACUGGGCGCCGCUACCACUGCUCCAAGUCCUCGACGUUGCUCGUCAGGAUCUACUCAUCGCUGCUACGGCGGUGGAAAUAUAUUUUGCCUCAAGAUAGCUGGAGUUGGACCUCGUUUCCCCUCUAAAAAGAGCAAUUUCUACCACCACUGGUUUUGGCUAUCGUCCACUUCUACCGGGUCGCAUCUGCCCAUUCUUGUGUCGGAUGUGUGUUCGCGCCUCUCCUUCAGAAGCUCCAUUUCGCUUCAAGGGGUCGUGAAGGGAUCAUAUGGCAGUCCAAACGCAUCUUUGGAACUAAUUAAUUGAAGGAAUUAGUUCCCAGGACGUUCGAUUGACUCCCGGCGGGUCUAGGGUUCCGUCGCUGGGGAAAAUGUCAAUUCAGUUUCAGCAUAGAUCAUGCUCACCAGUGGUCUCGUUAAUCCAGGUCGUCGGAGCCGGAUUCUUUCCAAGGAGGAAGAGGACAAGCGAAAAAACGACCAGUGAUCGUGUAGGAGAGAUGGAGCUGGGGUCUUUUCAUUUUACCAUCGCACGAUCUCUUUUCAAAAUUAUAUUCCUUCAAAGAGAAAGAUGACAAAAAAGAAAAAAAAAGGAGCAGGAACGUGCAAUCUCUACUUCAAAGAGGAAGAUGACAAGUAAAAAAAAAUGGGUGGACAGCCAUGGAUGCCGACCACAUAAAGGAAAAGAGGAUAAUGACGAGGGAGUAAUGCCAAUUACUUCAGUCCAAAAAAAAGGUGUGCAGGAGGCACUUCCCCACUUAUUUCAUAAUGGGCCCACAUCCCACUAUCUACAAAUUGGAGUGGGUAACAGGGUGAAAUAAAUUAAGCCAUGUUAUUUUGCUUAUUUGUACAAGACGUCUAGCAAGGAAGACUAAGGAAGACUGAGACACAGACCCGGACCUGGCACGCUGGUUACUACACCGGUCUUGCUCAGUAUAAAAUAAAAAAAUAUUAAACCCGGAAGAGGGUAUGCCUGCAAGAGGGCUGGACCUAGAAGAAGGUUCGAACCGUACUUACACGGGCCUAUGAGGUUUGACCGGUAUCGGGGAAUCAGCCGAGACUGGCAAACUGAUUGGGGACUAAAAGAUGCCCAUUAAAAGAAAUAGAAGAGGGAUCGUCUACCGUGGCGCAUCCUAUUUCCCCCUUCUCAGGGAAGACUUGAACGGGGGGGUGAGCUAAGGCCUUCCCAGGAUAGUAAGUAUCAAAGGGCCAUUAAAAGACUUAAUCACCCGGAAGAGGGGGCCCUGGAAGAAGGGUGCAUUUUGGACCUUGGAGAGGGCUCGAAACCAUCCGACAUGGUUAAUUCUCCAAUGUUGAUCUGGCCCGGCCAGCAGCAUUAUCUUAUUGGAAGACUGAGACACAGGCCUGGCCUGGCACGCUGGUCAGUCUUACACAUAUUUUUCAAUAAGCCUGAGCCCAAUCGAAUUGGGUACACCGAUUGCACAUUGGUUUCAGCAAAAAAGUGAGCCGAGCUCAUAUCGGGGACGCCCGAUUCAUUUAAGCCCUCAAUCUGAGGCACUUUGAUCGAAGAUGGUCUCCGCGAGACAUGAAGAUAUUUACAUCAGUCACCCGGACUAACAUUGAUCUUCAACGAAGCUGCUGCAGCAUUCUCAAUUCUUAUUAACUAACGUCGAUGUCGUCUGUAUACUAAUUUCAUCAUGCAUCGUUUACUUAAUUCGUACUGACAUCGGUCUCGACAAAAUAACUACUUGAAGCACCGCCGCUUCAUCGUACUAACUCCGGUGUCGUAUAACUACUCGAAGCAUCGUUGCUUUAUCGAACUGACAACGCUCUUGUUACAAUAAUUAUUCGUGCGAAGUCUAAUCACUCUAACUCCGAGCUCCUCGGUAAAAAUAAUAAUUUGAGCACGGCAUAGGCCGGUCAAAAAAAAAUGUUGUACAUAUUAUUUUUGCAGGAAAACCUUCUGAUUCAAGAAACUGGAGAAUUAAUGAAGACUCAGAGGACUAGGAAUAAUAUCAAUCGGUCAAGAAUCUAAAGUACGAAGAUCGAAGAUAGCACUCGGAGGACUUGUUUACUUUUUCAAGUUGAUGAUUCUCACAACUUAAAAAAGUGGAGGACUUCUUGAUAGGAAAUAAUACGUGGCUCGGCCCACAUUUCCCAAUUGUUUACGAAGAACAGUCAAACCGGACCUGUUUAAUGAAAUGGAGGAAUAAGAGAAUAUUCCCCGAAGAUGCUCCUCCCCCCUCCUAUAAAAGGAGGGGUGCCCCCAAUGUGAAGAGGAGGCCAAAUUCACUCUCUUCCCUGCCCAUUAUACUUUCUCUCUCUAGAGUUUUAUAUAUUUUCUUCUUAAAGAGCUUGUAGCUCCACCAU